GUCAAGAGGCUAUUUUGCUCCAACCCUAAUCUCCUCAAAACAAAUCAACAUCGUUAAGAUUAAAACUUCCACUCUCUCCCCCUCAUUAACUUGUUAUUGGACAAUUUAAAUUCCAGCAGAAAUCCAGGCUCCCUAAACCUAAAAAUCUGAUUCCUUUCCAAUAGCACGAACAUUCAGAUUCCACCUCUAUUCUGUUGUAUUGCUUCUGCUUCCGCCAUGAGAGCAGAUUGACUAAAGCCCUCCUUGCCUUCAACAGCAAACCAGCAUGGUUUCUGACCACCCAACCUGCCCCACCUUUUGAUGUUGAUGUUUCCCCAGACUCUUUUUUUUGACAAGUGCCUGUUGGUUCAUUGGGGCAAAACGUCGAACAUUUGGGGGGCAAUGCUUGCCUAGACUUCCAGCAGUCCGGGGUUCAAGAAAUUUGGCUCAGGCGGCGGUUUAUUGCGUUGGGGGGUCACUUGACCACCUUGCUUGGCCGACUUGGCUGACUGCUUAUUGCCGAAAUAUCCUAAGGACAGAGCAGAGCAGAAUUGGGGGUUCUGAUUCAAAAGGGAAAGCUCCAGUGUUCGUGUGUUGCCAAUGAAGUUUUCCUGCUUGAGCAAAGGUGGUGGUUACCAUUUCCCACCAUGUCACAUACUCAACAUAUGUGGUUUUAGCAUUUUAUUGGAUUGCCCAUUAGACCUUUCAGCUCUUACAAUCUUCUCCCCUAUUCCUACUAGUUCAAAAUCCAGUUCCUUCGAUAAAGAGAAUCCCAGUUGCCCAAACCGUAGUGAUUCUUCAGAUUUGGAGGAGCCUAUGGUUCGGAAGAGACAAAAAGUCGAAAAGCCCCUGGAUGCCGAUGAUUUAAUUUAUGCAGAGCCUUGGUACAAAACUGUCAAGAACUUGCACCUGUGGAAUGUCUCUUUUAUUGAUGUGGUAUUGAUAUCAAGUCCAACGGGUAUGCUAGGAUUACCAUUUCUUACUCGAAUGAAGGGUUUUUCUGCUAAGAUAUAUGUGACUGAAGCAGCAGCAAGACUUGGACAGCUUAUGAUGGAGGAUCUUGUUUCAAUGCAUCUGGAAAUCAGGCAGUUUUUUGGACCUGAUGAGUCGUCUUUUCCCCAGUGGAUGAAGUGGGAAGACCUUACACUUCUUCCGUCUUCAUUGAAAAAUGUAGCUUUAGGCAAAGAUGGGGGAGAACUGGGUGGUUGGCUUUCCUUGUACAGUGCAGCUGAUGUGAAGGAUUGCAUGCAGAAGGUUCUGAGACUUAAAUAUGCAGAGGAAAUCUGCUACAACAGCACAUUGAUCAUAAAGGCAUUCAGUUCGGGUUUAGAAAUAGGCUCUUGUAAUUGGACAAUAAAUGGUCCCAAGGGAGGCGUUGGCUUUAUUUCAAGUUCCAUCUUUGAUUCUGCUCAUGCAAUGAAUUUUGAUUACAAUGCUCUUAGAGGGAAUGAUAUAAUAAUAUAUUCAGAUUUCUCAUUCUCGGAUGAUGUUGAGAGUGGUUAUGAUAACUCCAUUCCAACUACUUGCAAUCGGUCAUCUCUCAGAAAUUAUGAAAAUGAUUGUCAAGAGUUGGCCAAGUCCUUACUUAAUGUUGAUGAGGGUUUGGAGGAAAGGGACAAGCUAGCUUUUAUAUGCUCCUGUGUCAUUGAUUCCGUAAAAGCUGGAGGUUCAGUCCUUAUUCCCAUUAGUCGACUUGGAAUUGUUCUGCUGCUGUUAGAACAGAUAUCAACUUCACUAGAUGUUUCAACUUUGAAGGUUCCUAUGUAUAUUAUUUCUUCUCUAGCUGAAGAAUUCUUGGCCUUCUCCAACAUCAUACCUGAAUGGCUAUGCAAACAGCGGCAAGAAAAGCUUUUUUCUGGUGAGCCAUUGUUUGCACAUGCCAAGCUUGUAAAUGAGAAGAAGCUUCAUGUGUUUCCGGCAGUUCAUUCACCUAAAUUAUUGUGGAAGGGGAAACGACAGGAAGCAGUGUAUUUCCUGUCCUUCUGGGGAUAUUAAUCAGAAAUCAAUGUAUGCCAAAA